AUGGCCCUCGAAGUCUCAAAAACGGCAGCUCUUCCCCUCGCCGGAUUUCUGGGAGGGCUGGGUAUUGCUACUUCCGCAUCUCUACUGCUUCUCGUCAAUGGUCGUGUACUGGGUGUUAGUGGGUUCCUCCACCGCUCAGCCCGACACUUCGUCUCCCAGUGCUGGCAAGGCGGGCCUUUGAAUGCUUGGAACGCGGAUGCUCUGGCUCUUAUUGGCAUGGUUAUCGCUGGUUUUGCGAUAGCAGCACUAGAUGAUCCACAAAGACUUCUGUUGGAAUUCGCAUAUCCUUCACCGCUGAUGGUUCUCCGGUCCAUUAUAGCCGGAUUCCUUGUUGGAAUUGGCUCUAGGUUGCAAAAUGGGUGCACCAGCGGGCAUAUGAUCUGUGGGCUAUCUCGAGCAUCGACUCGCUCGCUCGUCGCCUCUUUGAUCUUCACGUCGUUUGGUAUCCUUGUUGCCAACCUAGCCCCUGUCGAGCUCCCAGUAAUCACAUCCUACAAAUGGCAGCUCAACCGAACCGAGGCAAUCAUAUUUGGUACACAGGCUAUCAUAAUCGGUUUAACACUUGUUCUCCUUGGAAUCUUCUGGACCAGUUUCUUGGAUGGCGCCCCACGAGUCGCGAAUGGUGUUAUGCAUUUCAUCACCAUAGCAUCUAGUCUCGUGUUCGGCCUCAGCAUGCAUCUGAGUGGCAUGACAACUCCGACACGAGUUCAAGGCUUCUUGCUCACUCCUUUCUUCUCAAAACCAGAAUUUGACCCUACAAUGGCAUACCUUGCCGUCGGGGCACUUCCCUUAUCCACUGCUGCCUACUUUCUUGGGCAUCAGCAGAGGGCCAAGUGGACCACUAGUAAAAGUAUAAGGGUCCCCAUUCUAGCCUCUCCGAAUGACUGGCCAUCUGUGAUGGGUCAGGUCGAUAGGAGGCUCCUAGUCGGUGCGGUUUUGUUUGGUUGUGGCUGGGGUUUGGAGGGCAUUUGCCCUGGACCUGCAAUCGUUAACCUUGGACGGCUUACAUACAACCUUACUCAUAGAACGGCCGAGUGGGAGUCUUUACGACUCGUUGCUUGGAUAAUAUCCGCUAUUGUUGGGGGACUUGUUACUCCGUGA